CACAGGUCAAAAAAGCAUUUCAGGAGCUCUCUCUCGACCUCGAUGAUUUCCAGGGAUAUGAUGCAGCUGGCGAAGGCGAACAUAGUCAAGAGCGGGACGAUGACGAUCAUGUCUCUGAGUUCCACGACAUGAUGGGACUUCUACGAGGACGACUCAUCAAGUGUUUUUUGGAAAGGAUGGAAAAUUACGGCGUCUUUCCGGACGAGCGGACGCACAACACGAUUUUGCUAAGUCUGCCACCUGACGCUGCGAAAAGAUACUUCCGGAGGAAGAUACACGAGCCAAACGAACGAAAUUACAAUCAUCUCCUCCUGUCAAUCGUGGAAAAUGACGACCAUCAGAGGCAAGGACGAAGGUCUUCGGAAGUAGAUCUUAUUUCUGUGAAGACGCGCUCGCGCGGUCUGGUACUGGCUGAAGUCGAAACACUGUUGGAGGAAAUGAAGGAAAAGCAGUUCCGUCCCUCACUUGCGGCGC